CAUAAAACGGCACACGGCAGUUCGAUUCGGAGCAAAUCUUUUCGUUGCCAGCAUUUUUGUGUUUUGUCGAAAAUUUGACGGUCACCGUGGCCACAGUACUCACUCCAUCGCCAUUUCAACUAAUUAAAGUAGAAUGAGUCUGGCUCAGACGUAGAUAGUCAUUAGAAGAUGCAGUUCGGUUUCCAGUAGUAGAGAGCGUGUGAAAAACGAGAAGUGCCGUUGUCUUGUAGCCGCCAUGACUCCCGCGACUCCAUUAAAAGCGCGUCAAGUGAGCAAACAGCAGCCACUCAGCCGAAUCGUUACAUAAAGUCAAAAAGGAUACGCGUAAAUUGGGCUGUUGCAAGGAUAAAGGAGCGUGAUACCGCCGGAAAACGGUGACUUCAUUUAUAGCGAUUCGUACCCUUGAAAAGUUUGAAUUGGACGUUUGCCAGAGCCUUUUAUCCUUCACAUAAACGCUGUGCUCCAGUUGGCGAAGAAGACCCUUCGACAUUUUCGCUGGCGAUGUCCUUGCGGGUUUUUGUGUUAUACGACGGCAGUUCACUGUGUCGGUGAUGCUUUCGGGUGUUCUAGUCGGUCCUUACAUGUAUAUUGCAUUUAAGGAAAUCCUUGAUUCGCCUGGUGGUUUCUGAGUGCCCUCAUGUACAGCAGGAAAGCCUGCUGAAAGGUUGAGUCGUGCUGCUUCCUUAACAUUGGAAGGACACCGAGUGUUUCUGUGUUAGUGGCGUGAUAGUUCGUAAAUAUUUUCGUGCUCGCAUUGUGCAAGUGCACUUCGAUUAUAAUUUCCCUGUGGCGCCCCAUCAAAGGACGCACAUACCCUUCUUGCAACCACACAGCCCGCCUCUUCCCCCCGGAGGUAUGUCCUUGCAUUGUGUUUUUUUCACUCGUUCUCGUUCCCGUUCGAUUCACCUAAUAAAAAGGAAACAGCGUGUGUGAAACUGCUGAAAGUCUUGGAACGACAGCCGAAUAGGCCUAGUUACGGAGGUGGUGCGAGCCCACUGCUUACUAUGCCAAUGAAUGUGUACACUACAUAGUCGCCGUCCACCCACGCCACCGCAACAACAAAACACCGAUACAAGCAAAAUACGUGUAGUAUGCGUUGACCUUUUAGGCGGCGAUUUUGCUGCUGUCUUUCUGAAUGAAUGGUGAGAAGCGGACAGACAGAGAGGCAUUAUCUUGUGAAUAUCAGGGAGACAUGAAACGAAUUCUCUUCAGUUCCAACUCGUGAAGCUAGGAAAAUUACUAAGAACGUAUAACAGCUAUAUAUGAAAGGAUGAAUCGGAAACAUACGCCACACACAAGGCAUUCUCAGAAAAGAUGCUUACUCUAUAGAAGACUUGAGUAUCCUGGCUAAAAUUUCUAGCUAUAAACAAAAGCAAACAUACGUACGUUUUUGGUUUUCGACCAUGGCGGCCAGAAUAAGAGCAUUAACAAAAGAAACGCAUCACAGUCAAACCACUUCACGCUGAUGACGGCGAAACGGAAAGGAGACCAACUUCGAGACUGCCCUGCAAAACUACCUCUUGACAUCCUAUGGUUACCUAAAUCAGUAAUGAGGCCUGCAGGGCCAGAAAUAUCACACACUGAUUGUAUUCUGGUAGUUGGCGUUUCUCGACCAAAGUUGGCUGCUGCAUUUCUAACAGUGAUUAUCGUUUCCCUAUUUCUAACUUUCCACGUUCUCUACGAUGGAGCCGUAUAUAAUAUUCAAGCGGCACAGGCUGUAUCCGAGCAUCAAUUAGCUUUUCUCGCUAACCGAGUGACACAUCUUAAUCCUGGUGACAUGAAUACCAUAAAUCAUCCAAUGGUUUUUCCGAAUCGAGUACGUUUUCCGAAAACAAGAAAACGAUUGCCUCAGACCUUAAUCAUUGGCGUUAGGAAAUGCGGAACCCGUGCAUUACUAGAAAUGCUCUAUUUACAUCCAAGAAUUCAGAAAGCUGGUGGCGAAGUUCAUUUCUUCGAUCGUGAUGAAAACUAUCUGAAAGGACUUGAAUGGUAUAGGAAGAAAAUGCCACAUUCGUUUCAGGGCCAAAUAACAAUAGAAAAAAGUCCUAGUUACUUCGUAUCACCUGAGGUUCCUGAACGAGUGCGAGCAAUGAAUGCUUCCAUUAAACUUCUUUUGAUAGUUCGAGAGCCUGUCACGCGGGCAAUUUCCGAUUAUACUCAACUACGAAGUCACGCAGCCACAGCUCCGCUACCACUUGCUAAUUCUCCACAUCCCCAACAGCAAGCAUAUCAUUUAUCAACCCAAUCUAAAUUUCUAGGUGUUCAGUUGGAAAAUGGCGAUGCAAAUGAUUUAUCAAAUAACGGCCACACAAGUACUGGCGUUGGCAAUACACAAACCACCUCAUCUGCUUUCCCGUCAGCUUCAAAGUCCUUUGAGGAGUUGGCUAUUUUUCCCAACGGUACCGUCAAUGAAUCGUAUCGACCGUUAAUCAUAUCCAUGUAUCAUCUCCAUCUACAUCGAUGGCUUGAAGUCUUCCCUAGGGAACAAUUGUUGGUAGUGAAUGGCGACCAGCUUAUAGAAGACCCCGUUUCCCAACUACGACGGAUAGAGAAUUUCCUAGGCAUUGAACACCGGAUAAACAAUAUGCAUUUCUACUUCAACGAAACCAAAGGAUUCUAUUGCUUACGCUAUGACAGUGGUGAUCGUUGCUUACGUGAGACAAAAGGACGAAAGCACCCUCAUAUUGAUCCUUUGGUCGUCUCAAAGCUAAGGAAAUUUUUCGCCGAACAUAAUCAGAAAUUUUAUGAACUCGUGGGUCAAGAUCUCGGAUGGCCUGAAGAGUAAGAUAAAAAUGUAUGCAAAUGUAUGGACUGCUAAAGAACAAUGAUGCAAGGAUGGUAUAGCAAUUUUUGCAAUAGCAAACUUCAUUCUCAACUUCAGAGCCAGUGAGUUUUUCCAUGGUUCAUUGUGGCAAAUGGAUCAAUCCAGGAAAAUAUUCAAUAGGCUUAGAUAAGGAAUAAAAUGUGAAUUGCAUUUAUUGGCAAUUUUAAAAAAAAAGGCACAAAUAGAUUGUAGCUAGAGUAAAUUAUUUUAAUAGUUUUUUUUCAAUAUUAUUGCUCAUAUUUGAUGGGAAGAUAUUAAGUUGCAAAGGUAAAUUUUCAUUCUCCAACGCGCUACUGAUAUGCUAGUUUCAAUGUUACAUUCAUCUAAAAAAAUGAUAAAAUAAUAUCAUCAUUUUGAUAGUUUUUGUAGUAAUUUUUUAGUUUUUAUUGCUGAUAACAUUUCAAUAAAUAUUCUACAAGGGUUCGCAAUAUGCAAUUUCCAUAUACAUAUGCUCGUAAAUUAUCAUUAAUUUAGCUAUUCCUUAAGAAAUAGUAAUCUUAUUUUCUGACAUUUAGUAUUCUAAUAAUUUAUAUUAAGUUAUAAGAAAUGCUAUCACAAAUGUGAAGGUUCAAAUAAAACCCCCAUGCACUCAAAAACAAAAGCAAUAAAGUUAUUAUAGCCAUAGUUUUACGAAAAACCAAUUUAAUUAAAAAAAUGUUGAAGUGUUGAAAUUCAUAAUAAUAAAACAUAUCAAAUGCCAUAAAUUAAACAAAAUGAUAAUUAUUUAUUAUGAGCACAAAAAAGCGAUCAGUAUCGAGUUGGCACAUAAUGUGAUUUUUUUAUUAGAUUUAACAUUUAAAGUAAAAUUAAAUUUAUUCUAAAUGAAUACAAUUUCAAAAAUAUAGAAUGAUCAAGCGAACAUUUGUCGUAUGUGUGAUAAAAAAUACUGAAUACAUAUCAAUGAAAUUGUCGGAAAGUGAUAAGCAAAUAAAUGUGAAAGAUGUACGAAAACAAAUCCAAAAUUGCAACCAAAUACAUAUCAAAAAAUGAAUCUUACAUUUGAAAUUUAAAUAGUGCGUAAAUAAUAUUAAUAAUAUAGUAUAUGCAAAUAGGAACAAAUUAAAUCUUAAGCGUGUACCUCGAUGCUUGUAACAAAACAUAUCAAUAUAAAAUCAAGCCCAAGUAUUUUGAGGUGUAUGAACUGGAACAUAUCAUAUUGAAACUAGAAAACUAGUUUUAAGUACAAUAUUUCACGAAUACAUAUCAUUGUUAAAAUAUCUAUAUAUACAAAUUCAGAGAUAACUAUUCUAAUUUUGAUGUUAGGUAUAUUAAAGAGUAAUAAGUAAUUCGAAGCUUGAGUAGUUAGGUGUAUUUGACUCUAUUGAAAGGUAGAAACCAAUAUUAGGAAAAAUAAGGCCAAUUACAAUAAAACCUAGCAUAUGUCAACUGUUACAGACAAGGCAAUUUAAACUUUUAUGUUGAAAUAAAUUAUAAAAUGAAUUUAUAGAAUCAUUUUCGUGGCUGUUAUUGUUUAAAUAUUAGCUAAAAAUUAUCAAAAAACAAAUUACCCAAUUCUUUUAUGAUGAAGUUGGAGAAAAUAUGUAGCAUGAUGUUCGUUGUAUUAAUUCUAUCUGCGCAAGGCGUUCCCUUUCAUUUUUAUUCCACCAUUUUACCAGCAGUAUGUAAUAUUAUCUCGUUGCAUAUUUUUUUACUUUUAUCGUAACUUCACCCCUGUAGCUUGAAUAGGUGUACCCUAUCACAACUCCCGCCGCGUAAUGUUAUGAUUUCUGUUAUUCUAAUUGUGAAGUUGCGAUUUUACAAAAUACUCUAACUAAACGUACUGAAUAAUCAAAAAUAAGAAUACAUAUCAAUACUUCGAACUGAAUACAUAUCCAAGUCAUAUACAACUACUGCAUAUUUUUUUGAACCAUUCUUAUUCAGAUAAACAUUUAAAAAUUUAGAAAUAAAGAAUUUAAUGCGAAGGUUAAUGCAUACUCAUAAAUAUAAAUAAAUACUUCAUAUUAAACUAUUUUCAAUUUACAUGUGCACUCCUUCCAAUUAAUAUGCACUUUCAAAACCAUUCUUUAUAUCAUUUGAAAUUAAUCAUAGCGAAAACGAAAACUAAGAAGAAAUGAAUAUAUAUAAAUAAUGUAAAUAGAAAAUGCGCGAAAAAUAUGUUAAAACUGGUUUAAAAAAGAACACCAACUUUAAAAAUGUCAUUCAUAUUGAAUAAACAUAAUGAAACGACGAAACGUGAGUAAACAAUGCAUUUUGUAAAAUAAAUUUUACAUAAAGUUGUGUUUGAUAGAUUCUAUAUGAUAAAUGUAAAAGAUAUUCCUAGCGACGCUAUAUUUGCGAAAAUCAUUUGUUCAAUUCAGAUGUUGUCUGCAUGCAAUUAUGACUGCCUAAACUACAAUACACAAAAAAGAUAUGUCCAAAUACAGCCUUCUCCAAAACAA